CAGGCUCGUCUGAAGAUCGCGGACUAUGUAAGAAACAAGUGCGCUUUACAUAACAACAGCAGCAACAAGAACAAGAACAUCCUCAUCCUACUUCUGCGAAGCAUGUGAUGGCAACAUGACUUCCUCCGCCGCCACCAGCACUUGGUCGUGUCGCUCACUCAAGUUCCUGACUGUGUUUGGUGAAAGUGCCAGCAUCCUCUUCACUGUCCUCAUCAGCGUCUUCCGCUACCAGAAGCUGAGAGACGCCGACAAGAGGGUCAACGUCCCAAUCUACCUGGACAGCAUCAGAUCAGCCUGGAUGGUGAGUGGGGCUUGUGUGAUGCUCUCCACGCUGCUGAGCUCCCCCAUUUUUGCCAUCAGCCUCCAGGGCCAGGCAGAAAAUAUCACAAGAAACAGCACUGGCUGCCCUCCGGACUUCUUUCAGUGUAGUAAAAAUGAUUGUCCUAUUGUCAACGGCAUUUACAAGUACCUGUUCAUUGUGGUGUGCAACCUGCUGCCUCUCAUCAUCGUCACGGCCACCAGCUGCCUCAUCAUCACAGUGCUGCUGAACCAGAGGAAGGUGACACCAGCGGUGAGCGUGAGCAGGUCAAGCCAGUUCGGCAGGAGGAGCAAAGGUCUGAGGCUCCAGCGAAGUACGGUAGCUGUACUGGCAGCCAUGGGAUUGUUCCAGGUGGACUGGACUCUCUACCUGAUCCUCCAGCUGACUGUUAGCGCCGCCGACUUUCCAUUUUGGGCUGAAAUUGAGUUCUUUAUCUCGACUUCGUAUACAUCCAUCAGUCCGUAUGUGUACGGGAUUGGGAAUAACCUGUUCUCUCUUAAGAAUCUGCUAAAGAAGUAA